AUGUCAUCCCUUCGAGCAGCAGCGCGAUUGCGCCCAAUUGUCUCCCGCGUUUCACCCUCUCUCAGAACUCAACGACCAUAUUCAGCUGCUGCAGCAGUCAAGACCAGCUCACAACCUUCGGGAGAGCAACCCUUCUUUCCCAAUGAACCAUCCGGACCUACAGUUAAGACGGCCAUUCCAGGUCCAAAAAGUAAGGCAGCAAUUACGGAGUUGGACAAGGUGUUUGAUACCAGGAGUUUGAACAUGCUGGCCGACUACCAAACGAGUUUGGGAAAUUAUAUUGCAGACCCAGAUGGUAACGUUUUAUUGGACGUCUACGCACAAAUUGCUUCCAUCCCCGUAGGAUAUAGCAACCCCGCCCUCCGCGAAGCUGCCACCAGCGAACAGAUGAUCUCCGCCCUCAUCAACCGUCCAGCGCUUGGAAACUUCCCCCAACACGACUGGGCCGAUAUUCUUAAGACCGGAAUCUUGACAGUGGCGCCUAAAGGUCUCGACCAAGUCUUCACUGCCAUGGCCGGAUCCGACGCAAAUGAAACAGCAUACAAAGCGGCAUUUAUGUGGCGACGACAGCAGGAGCGAGGAGGAGCACACGUCGAGUUUUCAGAGGAGGAUAUUGCAUCCAGCAUGUUGAACCAGGCACCAGGUGCUCCUCAACUAUCUAUCCUUUCCUUCAAGACCGCCUUCCAUGGCCGACUCUUCGGCUCCCUUUCAACCACCCGCUCUAAGCCCAUUCACAAGCUCGAUAUUCCCGCAUUCGACUGGCCACAAGCUAUCUUCCCUCUCCUUAAAUAUCCUCUCGAGGACCACGUCGAGGAGAACGCAAAAGCCGAGGCCGAAGCCCUUGCAGACGUUGAGCGUCUCAUCACAACCCACCAUCUUCCACCUUGCGCAGUGGUAGUCGAGCCAAUCCAAUCCGAAGGAGGAGACAACCACGCCUCGCCCGCCUUCUUCCAGGGUCUACGUGCCCUGACCAAGAAGCACAACGUCCUCUUGAUCGUCGAUGAAGUACAGACCGGAGUCGGUGCUACUGGAAAGUUCUGGGCUCAUGACCACUGGAACCUGGAUACGCCUCCCGACAUGGUGACAUUCUCAAAGAAAGCCCAGACAGCAGGAUACUACUUCGGCAACCCUGAGCUCCGCCCCAACAAGCCAUACCGCCAGUUCAAUACCUGGAUGGGCGACCCAGCUCGGGCCCUCCUCUUCCGUGCUAUCAUCAAGGAGAUUGAGCGUCUGGACCUGGUCAACCAUACUGCAAAGGUUGGAGACUAUUUGUAUGCUGGUAUCGAGAGCCUGGCCAAGCAGUAUCCUGGCGAGUUCCAGAAUUUGAGAGGCAAGGGACAAGGGACAUUCAUUGCGUUUGACAGCCCGAGACGUGAUGAGUUCUUGAAGAAGGCAAAGAGCGUUGGAGUUAAUAUUGGUGGAAGUGGAGAGCGUGCUGUCAGGUUGAGACCUAUGUUGGUCUUCCAGCAGCACCACGCUGAUAUCCUCUUGGAUGCUUUGGAGAAGAUUGUCAAGUCGUAG